GGGGGGAUUGGAGUUGUAAUGAUGGACCAAGGUACAGUGGUGUUGGGUUUCUGCGUUGGCGCAUUUCGCUACGCAAGUAAGCAUGGUCGAUUGCAGUGUUGGUUAGGCCGUGUUGCGUGUUAUACGUGAGUCGACGUGAAUUUUAGUGUUGAUGUUUUGCACUGUCGGUCUUUGAGUGAUGUUUGAUAGAAGGAAUAAGUGAAGGGAUUAUUUUUGACAAUCAUUUACGAAACAGAUACUCAAAAUGGGCAACGAUGAGAAAAAAGGCAGCAUUGUGCUGGAGAACUUUAAUUCAACAGCUAAUCUGGCUUCAAACCCGGGCUUCCAAUCAACACUAAGUCUGGGCUCAAAAGAAGUCAUUAAUGAAAAAGCUUACAAUCCGUUUGAACACAGAAAAGUGGAACAUCCUAAUUCGACAAUAGGUUCUUUAGUUCAUCUUCUCAAGUCAUCCCUUGGAUCUGGUAUCCUUGCUAUGCCUGCAGCGUUCAAGAAUGCAGGUUUAGCAGCUGGGGCAAUUGGGACGCUGGUCGUCGGAUUCAUCUGCACACAUUGCGUCUAUGUUCUCGUCAAAACAUCUCAAGAGGUCUGUGUGGAUGCCAAGAAGCCAUCGAUGGGGUUCGCGGAGACGUGCGGAGCGGCCUUUGAGUAUGGACCCAAGAGAUUAAGGCCGUGGGCUAACUUUGCAAGGACUUUUGUGGACUAUGCGAUGACUUGUACCUACCUAGCUGCACUUUGCGUCUACGUAGUAUUUAUAGCUGAGAAUUUCAAAGAGGUAUUGGACGAAUACGUACCCGAAUACAAGUUGUCAGUGGAAGCGUACUGCGCAUUGACACUGGUACCUUUAGUGCUGAUCUGCCAAAUAAGGAACCUGAAGUGGCUGGUACCAUUUUCAGCGAUAGCUAACGUGUUCCUGGUGAUAUGCUUCGCGAUCACCAUGUACUACAUCUUCAGCGAUUUGCCAAAGCCUGAAGGAAGGGUGGUGGUAGCUAGCGUCACUCAAUGGCCUUUGUUCAUAAGUACAGUAAUCUUCGCCAUGGAAGGUAUCGGUGUCGUGAUGCCAGUUGAGAACGAGAUGGCGAAGCCCCAGCAGUUCCUCGGUUGUCCCGGAGUCCUCAAUGUAGCUAUGACUAUCGUCAUCUCUUUAUACGGACUUGUUGGGUUCUUCGGAUACAUGAAGUAUGGUGAUGACGUCAGAGGAAGUGUCACAUUGAAUCUACCUCAAGACGAAGUCUUGGCCCAAAGUGCCAAGAUCCUGAUGGCAUUAGCAAUCCUCUUCACAUACAGCCUGCAGUUCUACGUUCCUAUGGAGAUGAUCUGGAGACAGUUGCACAACAAGAUCUCAGUCAGAUUCCACAAUGUCUCCCAAAUUGCUAUCAGGACUACUGCAGUUGUGGGAUCCGUUUGCUUAGCAGCAGCCUUCCCAGACCUGGAGCUCUUCAUCAAUCUCAGUGGUGCCAUCUUCCUGUCAACCCUGGGCCUCCUCACUCCAGCAGUCAUCGACACCGUCCACAAGUGGGACCGAGGACUUGGGGCCUACAACUGGAUCCUAUGGAAGAACAUCUUCAUUGCCUUCAUCUCUCUCCUGGCUCUGUUCGCUGGCUCCUUCGUUUCUAUAAAGAGUAUGAUUGAGAAGUUCGAAGGAGUUGAAAUGAUGGAAGUAGCUGCUAAUGUGACCAGUGUAUCAGGAAAUGUCACAAUGGGUGUGUGAAGGAAUUUCAUCUCUCGAACCGUUGUCACGUUCGAUGGUGAAAAUAUUUUAAGAAAUAUUAAGAACUUCAGCAAAGUGAUGCUGUUAAAUAAUAAUCAAAUUACUUUGUAAUUAUGUAAUUCGUUGAACAAGUUCUCCAAAAUUAAAGUAUCCCUGACUAUUUUUUUGUAAACAAUGAUAUAAGCAACAUUGACAUUCCCGAUAUUAUUUUAACUAUUUGAUAAGGUUAUUAUAAGGAUAGUCUUAUGGACUAUAAACUCACUAAUUGGGUUGUGAAUUUAAUAACAAAAGCCUUAAGAUUAACUGUACUACAAAAAUAUUUCUGAUAUAAGUUUUGACAUAUUGUUGUAAGU